AUGGCGACGCCGGCGCAGAUCCAGCUGAACCGGCGGCUCACGCGUGCGGAAACACCCGCGGAGAUCUUGGAGGUUGUUCAGAAGGACUUGCAGCAGUUCAACUUGGUUAAUUGCACCACUGCCCUGCACCGCUAUGCCAAAGCGAUUUCCCAAGGUGGCUGCGGACCCCACCACGACGCGGGUCAGGAGCGGACCCCCAAACCGCUGGGGCGGUUGCUGCAGCAUCUGGCGGAGAUGGUCGCCAAAGGGAAGGCGGUACCUGCACAGAACUUGGCCAACGCGCUGUGGGCCAUUGAACGCCUGGGUCUCACCGCGCAGACGGCUGCGGUCUGUGCGGUCUGCAAUGCUGCACGGGAGGCUUUGGCAGAGGAGCGGCAGAUGUGGGGCUUCACCGGGCAGAAUUUAGCGAACAGCGCCUGGGCCGUGGCGAAGCUGCUGAAUGGGCGCGGCGCGGCGCAGCUUUUGGCCGGUCGCACGCGCGCGCACUUUUUCGAGCCCUUCGUGGCGGCGCUGGACGCCCGCGCGGGCGAUCUGAAUGGCCAGGAGCUCUCAAUGGCCGCCUGGUCCUUGGGCCACCAAACCGGCGACCCACGAGCUGCUGGCGCGCUGCAACGCCUGGCUGAGGUGGCACGGGCCUGGGACGUCCGGAACUUGAGCGCUCAGCAGUUGGCGACACUCAGUUGGGCCUUAGCCCGCUUGGAUUGCCGGGACGAGGCCAUCCUGACCGACCUCGCCAGCGCCGCGGCGCCCAGUGUGGCCCGAGGCGAGUUCAAUGCCCAAGACCUCUCCAACAUCGCCUGGGCCUUCGGCCGACUGCAGCCGCAGGGCGCGCCGGGCGCGCAGGGCGCGCAGCGCGCGCCGGGUGCGUCGGCGUCGGCGUCGGCCGCGGCGCGUGCGAAGCUCCUUCAGCGCCUGCAGAGGGCGGUGCUGCCCUUGUGCCGCGUGACCGAGCCGAAGCGGCCGACGUCCCGCGCGGCGCGCGAGUCCGAGCGGGGCUUCUCGGCCCAGCAGAUGGCGGUGCUCGCCUGGUCGCUGGCGCGGCUGGGGGCCGCGCCGGCGACCUUGACCGCGGUGGUGGAGGCCGUGGCGGCUCGGAUCUCCGAGCUCUCGCCUCGAGACUUGACGGAUGUGGUGUGGGCCUUGGGCCAUGCGGGGGUGCAGCACUCCGACUUCCUGAAGCAAGCUGGACACUACGCCCAGCUGCGACGGCCAGACUUCGGCACCCAAGAAAUGUUGCGCUUCUUAGGCGCCUUUCGUCGUGCAGGUGGGGAUGCCAGCGUCCAGCAAGACUUGGCAUCCCAGCAGCAGGAGUUGGUCUACGACUUCCCAGCGAUGGGGCUGAAGGUGACGCUCCAUGCUGAGACCCCUGGGCUCCGCGGCACCGCCGCUGCUGCGCGCCGCCGCACACGUGUGCGGCGGGCGGCGCUGCGGGAGCGAGAGGAGUUGGGCGGUGAUCCCCAGCGUGCGGAUGGCGGCACCACAGGCGUGGCCGUGUGGGAAGCCUCCUUUGUCCUGGCGGAGUGGAUCUCGCACCUGAAAGGCUUGGCGUGCUGCCAGGCCUUUCAGGAGUUGGUGAAGGAGGCCGGCGAGCCGUCGUUGAUGAAGAGGUGGCGCUCCUGGGGCCACCAGGUGGCUGUCGAGCUGGGCGCUGGGCUGGGGCUGCCGGCCAUCGUAGCGGCACACCGGGGCCUACAGCGCGUGGUGGCCACGGACGGGGAUUCCUGUGUCAUGAAGCUUUUGCGAGAGAAUGUGGAGAUCAACCAGCCCGCGUCAGGUGGCCUCAGUGCUGUGGCCUUGCUCUGGGGUGCUGAGGAUCCGGUGCAGCAGCUGCAGCUCACGCAGCCCGCGGACCUGCUCCUGGCGGCGGAUGUGAUCUAUGCCUCGGCAAAAGAAGCCCUCAACAAGCAGCUGCUGGAGACGAUGCUCAAGCUCACCCAUCCCGACUCGGUGGUCAUCCUGGGGAACGUGCGUCGCUUCCAUCAGGUGAAGAAGGGUGAGCAGAAGUUCCUCCAGGAGGCUGAACGACUCUUCCACCGCACCGCGGUGCCCAGCAGCGAGCUGCAUCCGGACUUCCAGCGGAUGGGCCUUGGAAGCUGUGAAAUCCACCUCCUGUGCAUCCGCCGGGCGCAGCUCGUGCGGUCUCCGCCCGGUGCCACGUCGAAGGCGAAGACGAAGCAGGUCAAGUCUUUGAAGACGUGUGAGCCGGAGACUCCGACGGCGCCGAGGAGAGGAAAACGGCGGCGUUCCAAUGGCGAGGACUUGGAACGAAAGAAGCGACGGAAGGCGAGCGCCUUGCCGGCGCGCGGGGACGCCGCGGGCGCGGCGGAGACCCGCGCCAGCGGCUUGCUCAAGGGCGCCGAGGAGGCCCUUUCCGAGCUGAAAACCAAGGCCGCCACCGUCCGCCGGAUCUCGGGUCCGCCGAGGGAGGAUCUCGGAUCCCUCGGGUCCGAUGGAUCGCCCGUGGAGAGGAGGGAGAGCUGCGCGGUGAACGAACUGAAGAACGGCCUGCGGCCUCGGUUUGGGUCGGCCGGGGGCAGUUUACCAAGCAUCCACCGACUGGAGGACUUUAAGCUUCAAGACUUCGAGCGAAGGGUGACCACCUUGUCUCGCAAGCGCGGGCAGACGCAGUUGGAGAACAACACCAAGGCGAAGGACCCGCGACCCCCCGCAGACGCGCGGCUUGGGCGGCCGCUUUUGGUUUGUGCGGAGCGACCGGUCGCAGAGAGAGGGGAAGGAAUGGACGAGGAGGCAUUGGGGCGAAGCGGACGUCGGAAGGAGGCGAUGGAAGCGGCCAUGGCGGAGAAGAAGAUUGUGGUGCUGGUCGUUUCCGGGUUGGGUAUGUAUGUGAUCCAGGAUUCACGGGCGCAAAGCAUGGUGAGCUGGCUUUACCGCGUUGAGGCCUUGCUCAAACACCACCAGAAGGCCAAGACUUUGACGACGGAGGACCUCGUGAAGGAAAUGGCCAAGGAGGAGGAUCAAAUCAGCAAGGCAACUGCCUUUGGCGAGGGAGGGCAAAUGGUGAGAAAGAGGGAUGCUUUCGUGGCCUUCGUCGGUGCGUGUGAGAAGGACGACGGAGUUGAGGUGACCGAGGAGGAGAUAGGCACCUUCUUUGAAGCCCAGGAUGUCGAGAAAGAGGACUUCCUCACGAAGGAGAGACGAGUUUCGAAGGUGUACGGAAACGGGCCCCGUCAAGACUGUAGCCUGUGCACUUUGCUGUGGCAGGAGCACAUGUUGAUGCUCGUCCGCACGCUGAAGAAGGUGGUGAAGGAAACCACCAUGACCGAGGGUCUGGACAUCAGCGAGAGCACCGUGAUGACGAAGCUCGAGGCGACGGGACUGCUCCCAGAGUCGGUGGGCGAAGUGGUCGAGCUCUUGAGUGAGCCGAGCGAGCAAGGCCCCCCCUCACGUCGCCGGACGCCGGAAGAAGCUCAUGCCGAAACCAAGCCGAAGAACAGGUAG